AUACAAGCACGACGUCUUAGAGUAGCAGCCUCCGUUCUUCUCCAUGGCGUUCGCUUCAUGUUCCUUCUAUUUUGGGUCGACCAGUCGCAGAGGCCGGUCUCCAACCCCGCAGACGGAGAUAGCUUCCGCUGUCAGUGACGGUUAGCCUCUAUCUUGGCACAGCAGGAAGCCUGGGCCAGCGACGCGCCUCCGGGCCUCCUACUGGCCGCGGGAAGAUAGAGGCGGUUCGUAUAUGCAGAGUCGUCGCCGCAUGGUUCCAGAGCGGUAUGGUAGGAUGGAUGCCAAGUGGGCAAACAUGACAGCUGUUGAAGACUGACUCUGAGCUGAUCUGACUCUCACCGUCGCAUGGUGAUAGUGCGUUAAUGGAAUCGGCUAUUGAACUGAUAUUUAGCCACCAUCCAUACAUCCUCCUAAGAGAAUAUAGGAUGGCCUAGAUUCCGUCUUCCAGUUUGGAUCUCAACCUCCAGAAAAGCCAUUGCCAGACAAAUCACCCAACAUGCAUCUUUCCUGGGUCACAACGCUCCUCUUCGCAGGCGCCACUUCGGCCACCAAGCCGCCCAAUAAAGGCUGCCGUCCCUCUUCUCUGACCACAAUCACGACGACCGCCUCCCCGACCGUCACCAAACUUCCGGACUCGUGUACCUACCGCCCGACGCAAACCUUCUAUUCCAGCAGCGGCUGCGCUCACACCUGCGCAACUGGCUUCUGCAUCAUCGAUGCCCCGGUUACCAUCUCAUGCGGAUGCCCCAGGGUAGCCAUCGAGACCCAGACGGUGACCGUCUGUCCGACCGCUACGCCGUGCCAGCAGUGCACGACGGGGUGGGGCACCUUCCUGUACACGGAGCCCUGCUCAACUUCAUCAACGGAGGCGGCGGCGAGGGCUACGGCUGACUAAGGGGUCUAAUUCGGUACAGUCCAGGGUGUUGUGUUGAGGGGAUUGCGCUUAUCUUGAAGAUGCUGGGGCCGCGGCGGUUUGUGCUAGGUUCUCUUCCAUACCUCCGACCGAGACAGGGCGUCGAGGGCGGUACGAGGUCGU